UAAAUGCGUUCGUAUGAAAAUUGAUGCACAUAGACAUGUGUUGAUUUAAACUUGUUACUUGUAGCAGCAGCAUAUUUGCCAUUUGAUCUGUGAAAAGUGUGAUUCACUUGUGGGUUUUCAUCUGGUGCAGUCCUGUUCGAUGUUGGUACCGUUCUAUGAAAUCGUCGAUUUCUACGGAAGCGGUCCGUUAUCUGUUAACAGUUGCUGAUACGUAAAUUACUUCUACCUAUUAUCGUUUGUUCCUCAGUUCCUGCUGCUGCUUUAGAGACCCUCUAAUUGACAUUGAUAAUUAUUCAGAUUUUCCUGCGAAUUUGGCAGCUUUCUUAUUUGGCUUUGAACUUGACUUUGAUAAUAAUUAUUAAUUACUGCCCACAGUGUGGCCUGUGGUGCCUAUUGAAUAAUCAUCGUUUGUACGCUGAUGGCCAUCUGUAGCACGACUGACUGACUACAUGUAAUUAGCCUCUGCUGUCGUUAACUUAAGUGGUGGAAAACUGUGUCAACCUUCAAGUACUGACGUGAGGUCGUGCAUGAAUCAUCAAUAAAAAAUGUCCGAGUACGACGAUUAUGACGAGCCUGAGGAAAAAGCACCAGCCCCUCCUUUGAGAUUUACAAGUACGAUAGCAGCACCCAAGGAACCGAUUAAUUCCGUAUCUUUGGACAUUAAGCCACUGCCAGAAACUCCUAAGAAGCCACCGAAGAAAAUGGUUGUAUUAGGCAAGAAGCCUGGGAAGGAGAAUGAUUUUAAACCCGUCAUCAGCUCACCAACCAAUUUCGAGCACACUAUGCAUGUUGGAUUCGACCCUACAACAGGAGAAUUCACCGGCAUGCCGGACCCGUGGAAAAAGCUGUUGCAAGUUGCCAGCAUUAGCAAGACGGAACAAAAAAACAAUCCCCAGGCUCUGUUGGAAGCGCUUAACUAUUACGAUGCUACUACUAAAACUCAGGAAACGAAGUUUAUGCAGAUGAAAUCAGAUUCGAUGGGAUCUCCUUCUGGACCAGACUCGACGUUUGGUUCGGCACAUUCUUCGAUUGAUAAGCUGGAUGCCUCCGUUCGCAGUUCCGAUGAGGAACCACUUGGUCCGGCCCCUGUUAUUCCACCCAGGCCAGAAAGGACGAAAUCAAUUUAUACAAAACCAAUCGAUCCGGAUAAACGAGCCUCACUUAUGCCACAGCCAGCGAUUGCCGAAGAAGGCGCCCAUGGAGACACCGAUGGAAAGAAUGGGAAGAAGGAUAAGAAAAAGAAAAUGUCAGACGAGGAAGUUCUUGCGAAACUUCGUACGAUUGUUAGCAUCGGAGAUCCCAACAAAAAGUAUCAGAAAACCGAAAAAAUUGGGCAAGGAGCAUCGGGAAGUGUUUACAUUGCUGUGGAAACCAGCACCGGAAUGGAAGUUGCUAUUAAGCAAAUGAACCUAAGUCAGCAGCCUAAGAAGGAGCUAAUUAUCAACGAAAUUUUGGUCAUGAGAGAAAACAAACACCAUAAUGUGGUGAACUACCUUGAUAGUUAUCUUGUCGGAGAUGAGUUGUGGGUGGUAAUGGAGUAUCUUCCUGGCGGUUCCUUGACCGAUGUCGUAACUGAAACCUGUAUGGAUGAAGGGCAGAUUGCGGCUGUGUCCCGUGAAGUGCUGCAAGCGCUGGAAUUUUUGCAUACCAACCAUGUUAUUCAUCGGGACAUCAAAUCAGAUAACAUCCUGCUUGGCAUGGACGGAAGCGUCAAACUCACUGAUUUCGGUUUUUGCGCUCAAAUUUCGGCGGAACAGAACAAACGGACAACUAUGGUCGGAACCCCAUAUUGGAUGGCUCCUGAAGUAGUAAAACGCCAAGAGUAUAGCUUUAAGAUAGAUGUUUGGAGCCUGGGAAUCAUGGCAAUCGAGAUGGUGGAAGGCGAACCGCCAUAUCUUAAUGAACAUCCCUUGCGAGCCCUUUAUCUGAUUAAUACCCACGGCCGACCGGAAAUCAAGAGGGACAAGUUGAGUAAGGUCUUCCAGGAUUUCCUGGACAGCUGUUUGGAAGUUGAGCCCGGGAAGCGGCCCACAGCUUCCGAACUGCUCAAGCAUCCGUUCAUUAAACAGGCCAAGCCUUUAGCCACGUUAACCCCGCUGAUUCUGGCUGCUAAAGAUGCCGCACGGUCUGGUUAAACUUGCUUCAGUUUCCUCGUCCUGUUAGCGUUACGCGUCGUAUACGUAAUUGCCGCCGUUUUGUGAAUUUUUGUUUUCAUUCUUUCAAAUGCCCUUUCAAGCGUUUGUUAUGGGUCAAGCAUUGCAGUUUAUAAUUUUUAUACGUGGUCUCUUUUUGCAGCUUAGCCAUAUUUGAUCGUUUUUAUAGAUGUUGAGUACUGUAUCUUUUUUAUCAGUGGCCGGCUUCUACAAUUCCAUGUUUUUUACAAAAGAACUACAACUAUUUUAGGUCUAUUAACAUUAAAGAAGGUCAACGUUAAAAAAUUGACGCGUGCGUGGCG